CAAAGAUAUAGAUAAUCAGUAUUUUAGUCUAUACUUAACUAAAGUGCUGGCUUCUUGGUGAAUCUAUAUGGCAUCGGGAGUGUAAUAAGAUUUCUCCGGAGCUCUUCAGCGGGCAGCAGCCGGCAGUUGGGCGGAGCGUUAGCAUCCUCGCCUAUUAACUUUAGCUAACAUGCUAGCCCCGGCUAGCUUCAGGUAACAAUAACAGGCUCGUUGUCUCCCCACUGCCCGGACAGCUAACAGCAGCUCGGCCAGGUAGCAGCAGCCCUCCCCCCGUCCUCGGCCCGACCUCAUGGAUCCCGGUGGAAGCGAACUGGACUCCAGCCUGCCUCAGCCAGAGAACCCGUGCCUGAUCGUGGAGGACUCCCAGCCGGACAGCGUCGCUCUGGAGGACGACCCCGAGAGCAGCUACCGAGCGCUGCUGGCCCGCCGCCUGUCCAGCCUGCAGCCCACCGCCCGCAGCCCGGUGCUGGAACUGAUCUCAUCACCUUUAGGAAGCAGAUGCUCUCAGACUGACAGCCAAUCAGAGAACGACCACACUGAACCCGACAUUCUCACAGCGACCAACCCCAGCUCAGCAUUCAUGGAGGAGAGUCAAGUUUUAAACAGCUGUCCGCCUCCAAACAAGAAAAAUUGUGUGCCAGAGGACGCCGAAAUGGAUUCUGGAGCUGAUUCUACGACACACUGUGUUCAGUCUGAAGGAGGAAAUUCCCAGUUUGGUUUUCUGGAGCUCUCUCAGAGUCAGGAUCUGAACAGUCAGGAAGGAGGAGUCGCCUUUCAGUCGGACAGCGGGAGACGCAGCAAGUUAGAGCAGAACUCCAGGACCUCAGAGAGUCAGGACAACAAAGCAGUGAGGUCGGAGGUGAGCUCCAGCAGCUCCUCGGAGUCUUUGGGUCAGUCGGGUCGGCAGCUCAGCGUCCAGGCUCUGCUGCACUCGCAGAACCUCCAGACCUCUGCUGAGCAGGACCAGCAGGACGGCGAGAUCCUGUCGUCGCAGGAGGAUCUGUUCGACGGCGACAAGACGAGUGCUGCGGUCGACAGCACGGUGUCCGAGCCGGACCAGCAGGGUCCCCCAGCAGCGACGCCGGCCAACACCCUGCGCCUGCUGCACCUGUCUGGACAGGGAACGCUGGUGCAGGAGAGUCUCUCCCAGAGUUCUAUUGACUACGUUGCCCCCACGCCGGACAACUUCACCCCUCUGAUUGUUCCCAGCUCUCCAACCGCGGCAGAGAACGAACACGGUGCUGAUGAGCCGAUGGACACUUCGCUGCCUCCGGAUGACCGAGCCGGAGAAAAGGAAGAACCGAUGGAAACCGAGGCUGCCUCGAAGCCCCUCCCAUCCGCCUCCACCCCCGUAUCCCAGAACUCCCCUGGUUUCUCAUUAAAGGGAACUCUCUCUGUGCCGUCCCAGCCGGAGUUCUCUCACGACGUGUUUGCACCAACGCAGAGCCAGGAGGCGCCGCAGCAGUCGGACAGGAAGUCAGCAUCUUUGCCUUGUGAGACUCAGUCUCAGCACGUGGAGUCAGCUCCCUUCACUUUGCCUUUGCAGCUCUCUGCCAACACGCAGGGCAGCAGCUCACAUCAGCCGACCUCGCAGCAGGUUGAGGAGGACAGUCAGGCCACGCAGAUAGAAGAGCUGGAGGAGCCGCCCGGCGUCGACACCAGCGACGCCGUGAGCUCGUGUCGCGACCAGAAGCCAGAGAGUAACGCCGUCCCCUCAGAGUCACAAGCUGCCACAAGCUCCAAAGCUUCCACCUCUGCUGAAUCACCAAAGCACCACAGCGAAAGUACCAGGAUGGAACAGCACAAACAGACGUCCCUGAAUGUACAACAUGUGAAUGUAAAAGGCGGCGAGAACGAUCGCUCUGCUGACGUGGUGUCCUGCUCUCAGCCAAAGCUGGGCUCCUCUGGUUUGACUGUUAACAGCUGUGAGCAGGAGACUCCGUUAGACAAGACGCCCUGCAGCUUACCGUCACAGUCCACGAGCUCCCAGACAUCCGUCGUGGAUGUGGUGAAGAGUUCUGUGAGCGCAAAGAGUCCGUCUGUAGAUUCACAGCAGCGUUCAGCGGAGGAGGACAAGGAGGACAAGGAGGACAAGGAGGACAAGGAGGAGAAGGAGGAAGAGGACGAGGAGGAGGAUGAGGAUGAGGAGGUGAUGAUGGAGGAGCAGAACACUGGAGACACCUCAGGAAUGGCUCUGGUUCUGUCCCAGAGUCAGCUGCUGUCUCCAGAGCCCAUGGAGGAGGAGGACAGUGAGAGAGACUCCCAGAUCCGUCAGAAAGAGGUGACGCCGCCGUCCAGCCAGCCCGUCAAAAAGUCCGUCUCCACCAACGGCCACGAGUCCCAGGUUCAGGAGAAGGAGGCCAACGAGGCUCCUGAUAGGCUGCUGCAGACCGAGAGGGCGGGACGUGAAGCAGAUGGCCUCAAAGACAAAAGUCUGAGCGACAGUUCAGGAGAAAUCUCCUUCCACUUCACGCUUCCUAAAGAAGGCGAGUUGAUCGGUCCAGUUGUCGGCACCACGCCUCCUUUAAUCAACCAGCUGAAGCAGACGCUGAGACACAGCACUCCCAUCGAGAUCCCCUCCUUCUCUGAGAAGCCGGACACGGCGGGCGACGUCUCCGUGGAUGUGGCGAUGGCUGCCAGUGACAUCGUGUCGGGGGAGAGCGCGGAGAACUCGGCGGAGAAAGGAGACGGGAAGCUGAGCCUGAGGAUGAAGCUGGUGACGCCUGUGGAGGAGGGCAGCUCGGAGCGCUUCAGCCUGCAGAAGCCGACGCUAUCAGAGGAGGACGGAUCUGUCGUCAAGGUUACGACUGUUUCCAAGGCUGUGAGCAGCAGCCCGUCGGUGUUCAGUCGGGUCAGGCAGGUGCACCGGCAGCAGCAGGAGGCGGAGGAGGAGAGUCAGCCUGCAGGCAACUCUACACCUAUCAGAUUAGAAAAGCAAAUCAAAAAGUUGCCUAACCUCUUCACUCGAGGCCCAAAGAGGCUCCAUGCACAGCUACGUCAGCGGACAGUUUCCCAGCAGACCAGCUUCGAUGCUCCGGGGCUUCGCUCCCCAGCUGGCCGGGGAGAACCGGAGUCUCCGUCCUUCAGGAGAGCCACAGUGCCGACGCACCGCAGACACGUACGCACCAUCCAGGAAGUCCGAACCACCACCACGCGGAUCAUCACAGACGUUUACUACGAAGACGGCAAAGAGGUGGAUCGCACAGUCACCGAGGAGAGCGAGGAGCCGGUGGUGGACUGUCAGGUCUUGGACAGCGACAUCUCGCCGUGCCGCACAGGAAGCAGCUCGGUGACCUCCGGCGACCUUGCUGACAUCAGCUCGCUGUCGUCCAAGGCGUCCAGCCUGCAGCACAGCUCCGGAGGAACCAGCAACAGCACCGGCCUCAGCAGGCCCGAGUUCAUCAUGCCGCCCAGCAGAGGAGCCAAAUCCUUCAGGGGAGGUGGUUCUGGCUCUCUGCAUAGGUUCACUCACGCUCAGCCUCAGUCCUCCUCGGAGGAUGAACCCUACGGCCGCAUGCUGCCUCCUCGCCUCCCCGUCAGCCCCACGGACCACGAGCUGCCCAGCCGCUCCGACUCGCUCAGGUCGUCGCCGGAGGAGGCCAGCUCGGCCGGCAGCAGCUUCGUGGGCCUGCGGGUCGUGGCCAAGUGGUCGUCCAACGGCUACUUCUACUCGGGCCGCAUCAUAAAGGACGCCGGCGAGGGGAGGUUCCGCCUGCGGUUCGACGACGGCUACGAGUGCGAGGUGGCCGGGAAAGACAUCCUGCUGUGUGAUCCGAUCCCUCUGGAGACGGAGGUCACGGCUCUGCUGGAGGACGAGUACUUCAGUAUAGGUGUUGUGAGGGGCCAUAAAACCGAGGGCCAGGAUCUGUUCUACUGCGUGGAGAAGGAGGGCCAGAAGCAGUGGUACAACCGAACCGCCGUCAUCCUGUCACUGGAGCAGGGAAACAAGCUGAGGGAGCAGCACAGCCUCGGGCCCUACGAACCGUCCACGCCUCUGGCAAAGGCCUCUGACAUCAGCCUGGAUAACUUGGUGGAGGGGAAGAGGAGGCGCCGAGGGGCCCCCGGAGGUCAGAACACCCCCAACCGCAGCUCCUCCAGCAGCCCGCGGACCCCCGGACCCUCCGGCAAGAGGAAGCUGCUGAGCGCCGACGACAGCCGGUCGGCGGCUAAAAGAGGCCGCAGGGGGGCCGGAGCCAGAGCCGCCCAGCGGGUCGGCGUGUGCAACACCUCCGGCAGCGGCACCGACCUCCCGGGUCAGUCCUGCGACGUAGCAGAGUCUCACGGCCCGCUGCCCCAAAACACGUCUCUUUUCAUGGGCUUCGCUUUCAUGCUGACGGCUUCGUCUGAGGUCGACCGGCUGACCAACAAGCUCACGAGUGACGAUGAGGAAGAUUAUGUGGAGACGGGUCCAUAUAACAAAUCGUACACAGAGUCCCAGCUGCAGGCAGGUGGAGGCUUCAUCCUGCCGGACUUCAAUGAAGAACAGUGUAAAGCAGCGUACCAGAGCCUCCUCAUUGCGGACCAGCACAGUCGCACCAGGAAGUACUUGCUGUGUUUGGCCAGCGGCGUGCCGUGUGUGUCGCACAUGUGGGUGAGAGACUGCUGCAGAGACAACAAGCUGCUCAACUACAGGAACUACCUGCUGCCCGCCGGCGUCGGGCCGGACGACGCCAUCGUAGAGUGGCAUCCUCGCUGCAGCCCGUUCAAGACCCUGCGAGUCCUUCUGGUGUUUGAGAAGCCAGUGGAGCUGUGGGCCCAGCUCAUCACGAUGGGAGGAGGUCCGUCUGUCCGGCACUUUCAGGCAGAGAAGGACAGCUCUGACAUUCCUGCUGGCAAGUACGACGUUGUGGUGGCGGAUGUUGCCUGUCCGCCGUUGGUAGAGAAAAACGCAACAUCACAGGAAGUCCCGCUCGUGUCCCCCGAGUGGCUCAUCCAGAGCGUCAUCUGCGGGGAGCGCCUCGGUUUCCGUAGCAAGCCUCAGUAUCGCCACGACUACGCCUCAUAAUCAACCAGACUCCACAAUGUGCAAAAAUGCCUUCGACCAAGUUAAAUGUUGAGCGUUAGUUCUGUUGCAUGCCUCUGCUGUAUAUAACUUUAUCCUGUCUGUUUUUAAUGGGAUAAUAAAUUGUGAUCCUUGUUUCAUUUUAA